AUGAAAUUACAGAAGACUAGAUUAGGAUGGAUAGUGACAGGUGAAAUCGCCAAUACACAACCUACUAAAGCCACCACGUGCAAUUUAUCACUCCAAUCGCUUCACGAAGAUGUGACUAAAUUUUGGGACAUUGAAGAAUGUUUCUCUAAACGAAUAAUGUCGGGAGAAGAACAAGCAUGCGAAAAACACUAUCAACAGCACACGAUUCGCGAUUCCUUAGGGUCGUACACGGUUCGACUUCCAUUCAAGGGUAAUCCCGACAAUUUAGGCGACUCGUACAACAUUGCAUUAAAACGUUUCUUUUCUCUUGAAAGAUCUCUUAAUAAAAAUCCGGUACACAAAGAGCAAUACAACGCGGUUUUAAAGGAAUAUGAGGAGCUAGGUCACAUGUUGAAAAUAAAAAACGAAACUAACACCGGGUAUUAUUUACCGCAUCAUUCGGUCGUCAAAACCGACAGUCUCACCACUAAAGUUAGAGUAGUAUUCGAUGCAUCGGCACACUCCUCUUCCGGUUUAUCAUUAAACGAUAUUUUAAUGGUCGGACCAACUAUCCAGGACGAUCUAUUCACUAUUGUCACACGCUUCAGGUGUCACAAGUACGUGCUAACGGCGGAUAUUGCAAAAAUGUAUCGGCAAGUAAAACUACAUCACGAUGAUCGCCAGUACCAUAAAAUAUUGUGGCGCGAAAGUCCCAGCGACCCAAUUCGAACAUAUCAGUUGAAUACAGUUACUUACGGAACCGCGUCAGCCCCAUAUCUCGCGAUUCGAACCCUUCAUCAGCUCGCACACGAUGAAGGUGAAACUCACCCGAGAGCCGCCAAAAUAUUAACUAGAGAUUUUUACGUAGACAAUGUUUUGACUGGUGCAAACACGUUAGACGAAGCAAUCAAGAUACGCGACGAACUCAUGCAGUUGACCGCCAAGGGAGAGUUCCUUUUGAGACAAUGGGUUUCAAACGAACCAAGUCUCAUCGAACCGUUACAAGGAAACAACAUAGAUAACCAUUUAGCACUUGAUGUAGCAGACGGAAAAAAGACGUUAGGUUUAUAUUGGAAUGCGUCCAAUGAUACAUUAGGAUACACAAUCAGACAGACAGAAUCAUUACAACGUAUAACAAAAAGAACGAUUCUGUCAAAAAUUGCACAAUUAUUCGACCCACUCGGAUUGUUAGGUCCAAUGAUUGUAAAAGCUAAAAUGAUUAUGCAAAGUCUCUGGAAAUGUCAACUGAGUUGGGACGAAUCAAUUCCGUUCGAUAUUCAUACCGCAUGGGUCACAUUCGAGUCUCAAUUGCAUAUAGUUCGCGAUCUCAACAUUCCAAGACACGUUAUACCUGGUCAUCCCCAGCAAAUACAACUUCACGGCUUCUGCGACGCUAGCGAGCAAGCGUACGGAGCGUGUAUCUAUCUUCGGAGUGUCGAUUCAAAACAAAGGAUCACAGUACGCCUUCUAUGCUCUAAAUCCCGAGUAGCUCCAUUAAAAACGCAGUCACUACCACGAUUAGAGUUGUGUGCUGCUGUAUUACCAAUAAAAUUAUACACUAACAUCAAUAAGGCCAUAGACAUACCAAUUAACAAAAAGACGUUCUGGUCAGAUUCAAUGACUGCAUUGCAUUGGAUAAAUACAGCACCACACACUUUAAAGCAAUUCGUAGCUAAUCGAGUAAGCGGAAUACAACAAGGCAGUGAUCCGUCACAAUGGCGUCACGUGCUGUCUGAAGGUAACCCCGCAGACUUUCUGUCGAGGGGCGCAAACCCACUUUGUCUCGACUUUUCCUUCAAGUUAUUAUAA